AUCAUUUUAGUACUCGGUUUGUGCAAAAUAUCUUUCCUGGUAUUUUUCUUUUAAAUCAUUUCUUUUCGAGCUUUUGAGGCCCAAAAGUGUAAAAGUAAUCCAUUAAAUGUUGAUUCAAGUACUGUGUCUCUAUAUCAUAAUCAAAUGAGUAGUGCAGGAGACUGAUUAGGCUUAAAAAACCAUCAGCCAAAAUAUACAACACGGAAUAAAAAUGAAAUCAUAAAAAAUUGAUAACACAACAAUUGAUGCCAACUGCGAGUUAGUCAAUUAAAACAUUCAAUUAGAAGAAUUCUGCAAGCAAUCAAAACCGAGAAUUGAACAUAUGUAUGAGAAAUAGUUUGACGUGAACAAACAUUGAGAUAAACUCAUUUUAAAAACAUAAAAAGCCCUUCUUCCUUUUCCAAACGUAUUUGCUCAACAAUAUCGAAGAAAAUUUCCUUGAACGGACAAAAUGCGCGAGUUUAAAGUUGUGGUGCUUGGAUCGGGUGGUGUGGGAAAAUCGGCCUUAACUGUACAGUUCGUCUCAGGAUGUUUCAUCGAAAAAUAUGACCCCACAAUUGAAGAUUUUUAUCGGAAGGAAAUCGAAGUUGAUAACUCACCUUGCGUUCUGGAGAUAUUGGACACAGCUGGCACUGAACAAUUCGCCUCCAUGCGCGAUCUUUACAUCAAAAAUGGUCACGGCUUCAUUGUCAUGUAUUCGCUCACAAAUCAUCAGACAUUUCAAGAUAUCACGACGAUGCGUAAUGUCAUUAGUCGAGUGAAGGGCAGUCAGCCAGUUCCAAUUCUUCUAGUCGCCAACAAACUCGAUUUAGAAUGCCAAAGAGAAGUUUCCACUGAAGAAGGUCAUGCACUAGCCGAGAUGUGGGGUUGUCCAUUCAUUGAAGCAUCUGCCAAGAGUCGUAUUAAUGUGAAUGAAGUGUUUUCUAUAAUUGUCCGCGAAAUGAAUAUGACAAUGGAAAAGAGACAGAAGAAAUCAUUUUGCUGUUGUUUAUAGGAUUAAAUAAUCAGCUUAAAUAUCUAAAUAAAUAUAACUUGACAUCUCACCGAUCUUGGGGAAAUUACAGUCUUCGGACAUUUAUCUACACCAACCGAACGGGAAUCAACUUGUUUCUUCACCAAUUGUAUCAUACACUAAAUGAAAGACGACGCCAUCAAAAGAAUAAAAAAAUACUUUUAAGCGCAUUUAAGUAGCUAAUGGAAACAAAAAAAAAAGAAAACUUUUCUUAUUUCAUUGGAGUUUUGAAACAUUUCCAUGAAAAAUAUUUCUUCAAACGGCCAUAAUUAGCUAGCUAGAUUUUUGUUUGUUAUCACGAGGAUCAUUCAUUAUUUAGCUUCGAUGUUUUUGAUUUUAUUUUAUUUACAAUUAUUAUUCUUUCUUAUCUUUAUUUCUUUCAUUGCAUUUAAGUCCGAUAAACAAAAAGAGAAAAUCUUAAAUUAGUUGAAAUUCAUAACAUCAAUUUCCUUGGUAAUUAAAAUAUUCACUUAGAAUGAUUUGUGUUAGUCGAUUUGACAAAAGAAAUAUUUAAGCUUAAGUUUUGUGAGAAAUUGACAUUUGUCAUAUUUCUCAACAAUGCAGAGUUGUUGAUGGAUUAAGAGAUUAAAGAUGUCAGCAGAUAACUCAACAACUCUGACAAACCAGCAACAUUUCAGUUCACUACUGAAAUGACGAUGAUAUAAACGAUGAUAUAACAAUAACCAUUAAUAAAUAAUUUAUUAUGUUUUAAGAUUUUGUGCUCCGAUAAUUGUUUAAGGUGAUGCCCGUAUAAUGCGCCAACUAUAAGAAAUUUAAACGAUUAAAGCGAAGAGAGAAGAUUUCUGAAACGAAACAACAAAGUCAAUUUCAAUUUUUUUCUUAUUAUUUUCUUAUUAUCUAAAUCAUUGAAAAAGAAAAGCGAAUUCACGUGAGGAAACAGAAAUCUCAUGUGAUUUUUUAAUUAUUAUUUUUUUGGUGAAAUUCAUGUAGAAAUCUAUGAUGAAAAAGAAAAGUAUCAAAUGUAUUAAAGUGAAAAGUCGUCUGUAGAUGUUUUAUACCAGAGAAAGACAGAAAUUAAAAACUUAAAUGAUGAAUGAGAGACAUAAAAGAAAAUUACUUUUUACCCGAUAUUUUAUGAAACGGUGAAGUUUGAACGAACUUUUGAUAUAAGAGAGAGAAAAAUUGUGAAUUAUACUCAAAGAAAAUCCAAAUAAUAAAAGAAAAAUUACGAAAAAAAUUGAAGUGAAAAGAAAAGUUU